AGAAAACUGAAAACUAAAGCCGAAGAAGGUUCGAAGAAGAGACAGAAAAUUUCCAAAGUCGCCGUCAACAUUCUCCAUUGGGCAACACACGAACGAACGAACGAGAAGGGAGAGAAGAGAUGAACGUCGUACAUGGAUUGAAGAGGAUUCCUCGCAUUAAGUUCCCUCAGCGUCACCUCAAACCUUCAGAGGGAGCGAAGCAGGUGGAGAAUGAAGCAGAUACAUUCUUCUUCUCCAACCUCAACACCUCCCCAAAGACGACUAUAGGCGGGAAGGCCUCGUUGCAGCCCAAGCGCACCCCUGUUUCAAACGAGGAGAUGGAAGCCAUUUUGUUGGGAGGCUGCAUCUGAUCAUAGAGAUGGUGUGGACCUCUUCUCUUCUUCACCAUUCACAGAAUAUACAAGAUUUGGUUGAUGUCUUUGACACAAUAAAACAGACUCAAUUUGCAGUUUUUAAAAGCCUUUUUACUUCUAUUAUAUACACUGAUUGAUUGCAUUUUACUCCCUAUUAAUGAUUUGGAAUUCAUGGAUUUUUUAUAUUACA